CCGAGGAGGAGCCUCGCGCCGCCAUUUUCCUGCAGCUGCCUGUCCCUUUUGCCCUGACCGGCUUCAGCUGACCAGGGAAGGGGUGGGCUGAGCUGAGGCGGGGGCAGGGGAGUGCCCGGUAUCGUGCCUGACCCCGCGGGUGACAAGAGCCGGUUCUUUCCGGGCUGAGUGGCAGCGCGCGGCCCUGAGCCCCGCCCCAGGCCGGCAGGCGGAGAAGGAGCCGGUGGGGGUAGGGGGGGUGGGGGUCCUCCGGCGCUUGGGGGUCCCAGUCCCCGCCGGCUGCCGAGCGGGAGGGGUGGCGGAGGAGCCGCAGAGAUGUCCGGCCAGAGCUUGACGGACCGAAUCACCGCCGCCCAACACAGUGUCACCGGCUCCGCCGUGUCCAAGACAGUAUGCAAGGCCACGACCCACGAGAUCAUGGGGCCCAAGAAAAAGCACCUGGACUACUUAAUUCAGUGCACAAAUGAGAUGAAUGUGAACAUCCCGCAGUUGGCAGACAGUUUAUUUGAAAGAACUACUAACAGUAGUUGGGUGGUGGUCUUCAAAUCUCUCAUUACAACUCAUCAUUUGAUGGUGUAUGGAAAUGAGCGUUUUAUUCAGUAUUUGGCUUCAAGAAACACGUUGUUUAACUUAAGCAAUUUUUUGGAUAAAAGUGGAUUGCAAGGAUAUGAUAUGUCUACCUUUAUUAGGCGGUAUAGUAGAUAUCUAAAUGAAAAAGCAGUUUCAUACAGACAAGUUGCAUUUGAUUUCACAAAAGUGAAAAGAGGGGCUGAUGGAGUUAUGAGAACAAUGAACACAGAAAAACUCCUAAAAACUGUACCAAUUAUUCAAAAUCAAAUGGAUGCCCUUCUUGAUUUUAAUGUUAAUAGCAAUGAACUUACAAAUGGGGUAAUAAAUGCUGCCUUCAUGCUCCUGUUCAAAGAUGCCAUUAGGCUGUUUGCAGCAUACAAUGAAGGAAUUAUUAACCUGUUGGAAAAAUAUUUCGAUAUGAAAAAGAACCAGUGCAAAGAAGGUCUUGACAUCUAUAAGAAGUUCCUGACUAGGAUGACAAGAAUCUCAGAGUUUCUCAAAGUUGCAGAGCAAGUUGGAAUUGACAGAGGUGAUAUACCAGACCUUUCACAGGCCCCCAGCAGUCUUCUUGAUGCUUUGGAGCAACAUUUAGCUUCCUUGGAAGGAAAGAAAAUCAAAGAUUCUACAGCUGCAAGCAGGGCGACAACACUUUCCAACGCAGUCUCUUCCCUGGCAAGCACUGGCCUGUCUCUUACCAAAGUGGAUGAAAGGGAAAAGCAGGCAGCAUUAGAGGAAGAACAGGCUCGUUUAAAAGCUUUAAAGGAACAGCGCCUAAAAGAACUUGCAAAGAAACCUCAUACCUCUUUAACAACUGCAGCCUCUCCUGUGUCCACCUCAGCAGGAGGUAUAAUGACUGCACCAGCCAUUGACAUAUUUUCUACCCCUAGUUCUUCUAACAGCACGUCAAAGCUACCAAAUGAUCUGCUUGAUUUGCAACAGCCAACUUUUCACCCAUCUGUACUUCCUAUGUCAGCUGCUUCUCAGGUAGCAAGCACAUGGGGAGAUCCUUUCUCUGCUACUGUAGAUGCUGUUGAUGAUGCCAUUCCAAGCUUAAAUCCUUUCCUCACAAAAAGUAGUGGUGAUGUUCACCCUCCCAUUUCUUCAGAUGUAUCCACUUUUACUACUAGGACACCUACUCAUGAAAUGUUUGUUGAUUCUUUUUGUGGUACUCAAGCUUAUCGUAAUACUACCCUUAUGUGCCAUGAGCCUUCUACUGUAGCUGGUUUAUUUGGAGGAUUCACUCCUUCUCCAGUUGCACAGCCACAUCCUUCAGCUGGCCUUAACGUUGACUUCGAAUCUGUGUUUGGAAAUAAAUCUACCAACGUUAUUGUAGAUUCUGGGGGCUUUGAUGAACUAGGUGGACUUCUCAAACCAACAGUGGCCUCUCAGAACCAGAGUCUUCCUGUUGCCAAACUCCCACCUAACAAGUUAGUAUCUGAUGACUUGGAUUCAUCCUUAGCCAACCUUGUUGGCAAUCUUGGCAUUGGAAAUGGAACCACUAAGAAUGAUGUAAAUUGGAGUCAGCCAGGUGAAAAGAAGCUAACUGGAGGGUCUAACUGGCAACCAAAGGUUGCACCAACAACUGCUUGGAAUGCUGCAACAAUGAAUGGCAUGCAUUUUCCACAAUACGCACCCCCUGUAAUGGCCUAUCCUGCUACUACACCAACAGGCAUGAUAGGAUAUGGAAUCCCUCCUCAAAUGGGAAGUGUACCUGUAAUGACACAACCAACCUUAAUAUACAACCAGCCUGUCAUGAGACCACCAAACCCUUUUGGCCCUGUAUCAGGAGCACAGCUGUCGGCAGCAUCCAGCCCCUCCAGUCCCAGUCCUCACAGAGCUUCAGGAAAGGACCCUUUUGCAGAGCUCUCUUUGGAGGAUUUCUUAUAAAUCACUUUAGAUACAGUUUAUGUAACUAGAUGGAAGAGAAUGGAAUUAUUCCAAAAAGACAAGUGUUCAAGCAGCAAAUACUUACUUCCAGCAAAAUCCAAACUGCUGUCUCUUAAACUCUCAUUAGAAUGCUACAGUAACCCAAUGAAGGCCCAUGAAGGAAAUUGGGACUAGUCUAUAGGAGAACAUAUCAAUACAGUUUAUAAAGCCAAGAAUUGCCAUGAAUUCAGACUGUCUUUUUGGUGACUAAUUCUUCAGUUCUUUCAUCUCCUAUUAAUACCCAUAAUCAGUAACCUACCAAGAAAAGCCCUUAUUUGGAAAGAGUGAAAUUUGUAUUUGGAAAAGCUGCCUGGAGAGAAGAGCUGUGUCCUUUACUGUAAUGCAACAGGACUCUUUUGGGGGGAUCAAAUCAUAAUUCUUAAUUAUGCAGUAUCUUUCUUUUCUCCAGUCCUCACAGAUACAGAAACAGUAACUAAAAUUAACUUUUCUUUUAAAAAAUUAUAUAUUCAGUUUGCAGUAGACAUUCCUUAAGUAUUUGUAUUUAUUUAUGAUUAUCAAUUUACGUAACAUUAAUAUUGUAUCAAACCUCCUUAUGAAAAUGAGUAUGGAUGUACACAGUAUGUUUGAUUUUUAUCCAUAAGAAUGAAUCUGAUUCAGAAUGCUUUUCAGCUGACAUACAGAGCACUAAAUAUUUUAAGGCAAGUCCAUAGGCAAGUCUGAAUCGCUUAAGAAUUCUCAGUUUCUAUGGGAUUUAGGGAAGCAUUAUAAAUGCAUUAAUCCUUAUAGUCAAUUCUGUGCCUAGGAUUUUGCAA